AUGCGCGUCCACGCGCGACGCGCCGCGCGCGGCGUCGCGCGCGCGCGCUCGAACGCGACCGCGUCCACGUCCGCGGCGUCGUGGCCGCGCACCGUCGCCGAAGCCGCGCGCGCGCUCGACGCGCGCGCGCUGACCGCGGUCGACCUGCUCUCGCACUGCGCGCGUCGCGUCGACGCGGACGCGCUCACGUCGCGCGCGUUCGUCGGGAGCGCCGCGUCGCGAGACGCGCACGCGAGACGCGCGCUGGCGGACGCGCGCGCGUCGGACGCGCGGCGAGAGCGGGGCGAGACGGAAGGCGAGGCGGAUGGGGAGGCGAGGCGGCGAGCGAGCGCGCUCGACGGCGUCCCGUUCGCGGCGAAGGAUAAUCUGUGCGCGAACGUCGGGACGACGAGCGCGGGAUCGAGGAUUUUGGAGGGGUACGAAUCGCCGAUCGAGGCGACGGCGAUCGCGCGGUUGCGCGCGCUGGGGGGGGUGUUGAUUGGGAAGACGAACAUGGACGAGUUCGGCAUGGGGAGUCACACGCGGACGUCGGGGCAGACGACGCUGAAUCCGACGUCGUCGGACGGCGAAAGGUCGAGCGGGGGGUCGAGCGGGGGGUCCGCGGCGGCGGUUGUGAACGGUUCGGCGUUUUACGCGCUCGGAAGCGAUACGGGGGGGAGCGUGCGAUUGCCCGCGGCGUAUUGCGGCGCGGUCGGAUUGAAGCCGACGUACGGCAGGGUGAGUAGGUUCGGUCUCGUGUCGUAUUGUAGCUCGUUGGACACGGUGGGGGUUUUAGCGCGGACGGUGAGUGAUGCUGGGGUCGUGCUCGCGGCGAUUCAGGGCGAGGACGCCCUGGACGCGACGACGGUGGCGCGGUGCGAGGAUUUAGACGCGGCGGCGCUCGAAUUCGUCGACGAGACGACGCCAAAAGCAGCAUCUUUGAAGGGCUUGCGCGUGGGCGUUCCAGAGGAAUACGCGGUGAGCGAAUUGACUCAAGAAGUGUAUGACGCGUGGAACGAAAUGGUGCGCGCGAUGGAGGCGCUCGGGGCGGAAAUUGUGCGCGUCAACAUGCCGCACACCGAGGCGGCGUUGCCGUGUUACUACGUCCUCGCCCCGGCCGAGGCGUCGAGUAAUCUCGCACGUUACGACGGUAUGCGCUACGGUGACCUCACGCGUGACCUUUCGCGAGAAGAAUAUCUUGCUGAAGAGUUUCAAAGCGCCAUCGCGAAGGCGCGAAGCUUGGGUUUCGGCGACGAGGUUCGUCGCCGCGUCACAGUCGGCGCGUUUGCCCUGAGCAGCGCGCGCGCGGCGGAAUACUUUGAAAAGGCGCAAAAGGUUCGAAGAUUGGUGUCGGACGACUUUACAAACGUGUUCGGCGGCGAAGGCGGUGGCGUAGAUGUGUUGCUCACACCAUCCAGCGUGUCGACGGCACCAAAACUUUCCGACGUCGAGGCACUGAGUCCGGCGCAAACGUACGCCGCCGACGUCAUGACGGUGCCCGCAUCGCUCGCGGGUUUACCCGCGAUGUCCAUGCCCGCUGGGCGCUCGAGGGCGAGCGGCUUACCCAUUGGUAUGCAAAUGAUCGCGCCAAAAUUCCGAGAAGCUCGGCUCGUGCGCGUCGGAUCGACGCUCGAGCGC